GUCGGUAUUUUGCACCUGUGGGUGUCAGUGUUACAUUAGAAACCGAGGCCAUAAUGUUCCUCCCAUGUGCAGCUUUUGUUUGAGCCUGACAAAAUCUCGGGCGGCAUUUGGACUGGCGCUCGUCAGCGAUACGUUGUGCUGCUGCAGCAGCAGCAUCCCAUAAUUCGACACGCACACGACUUGGAUUUCAACCCCGAAAUCGGAUUUGUGUGUCUGCAUGUUGCCGUCGAGAGAUGCCGGCCUGCGUUCUUUUUCGUUUCGCUCUGCUUCUGCUGCUGCUGGGGAAACGGGCUUUGGCAGAGAUUCGCUACUCCACCCCCGAGGAGGUUAAAGAUGGAACCGUUGUUGGGAAUCUUGCAAAGGAUUUGGGUCUUGACGUGGGCUCUCUGGUCGAUCGCCGCUUCCGAGUGGUUUCCGAAUCGAAGGAGGCCUUUUUCGAGGUAAACCGGCAGAACGGGGUGCUGUACGUGAACAAGGGGAUCGACAGAGAUGAUUCGUGUCAGGGCGGCGGCGCCUGCCUCUUUGAGCUCAAAGUCAUUGUGGAGAACCCUUUGGAAAUACAUUAUGUCAUGAUAGAAAUCACAGACGUCAACGAUCACGCGCCUGUUUUUAUAGAAAAAGAGCAAAAGUUUGAAAUAGCCGAGCACACGUUGCCCGGUAAACGAUUCAAGCUGCAUGCGGCACACGAUCCCGACGCGGGGAUGAACUCCAUCCGCGCCUACACGCUGACGUCAAACGAGCAUUUUGAAGUCGAUGUUCGCCAGAGCGAUGAGGAGAAAAUUCCUUUUUUGGUGCUGAAGAAAUCUCUGGACCGGGAACAAAAGGCAAAACACUCGCUGCGGGUCACAGCGCUGGAUGGAGGAAAACCCCCACGAUCGGGGACGCUGAACGUGUCCGUUGUUGUGCUCGACAUCAAUGACAACAGACCAACGUUCAGUCAAGACAUUUACCAAAUUACAAUCGCGGAAAAUAUCCCGAUAGGUACUUCAAUAUUUCAAAUGAAUGGUACAGACCCGGAUGAAGGGGUGAACGGAGAAAUCGAAUAUAGUCUCGCAAAGGCUUUGAAGAAAAGUGUAUACGCUGUUUUUGAAAUGGAGAGAUUGACUGGGAUUGUAAGAAUAAAAGGACACGUAGACUAUGAAGAAGAUGAUAUAUUUAAACUCGACAUCGAGGCCUCCGACAGAGGAACACCUGCGAUGACAGGUGAGUGCAGAGUCAUUAUCAAGAUAAGAGACAUGAAUGAUCAUGUUCCAGAAAUAGAAGUGACUUCCCUGUCAAAUACGGUGGCAGAAGACUCCAAACCUGGCACAGUUAUUUCCCUCAUCAGCGUGAAGGAUAGAGACUCGGGUGUGAAUGGCAAAAUGAUCUCCACCAUAACCAACGACGUCCCUUUUGAAUUGAAGCCAUCCUACAAAGAAAACAUAUUUUCGGUGGUGACGAAAGAAUAUUUGGACAGGGAGGAGGUCUCUCAGUAUGAAAUUGAAAUCAAGGCCAGCGACUGUGGUGAACCUCCUUUAUCGAAUGUAAAAUCGCUCAAUAUUCAGAUCUCAGAUGUGAAUGAUAACAGUCCGCACUUUGAAAAGAACCCCCUUGAGUUUUAUUUAACAGAGAACAAUGCGGCCGGGAGUUCCAUUUUCUCCAUCAGUGCAUCGGACAAAGAUAUAAACGACAACGCUGCUAUUUCCUAUCGUAUCGUGGGAGAGAGACGUCUGAAUGACAUCGCAUCUUUCCUCAACAUUAAUCCGGAGACCGGAGAAGUGACGGCGCUGAAGAGUUUUGACUUUGAGACGCUGAAAAGCUUCCAGUUCCAGGUGUCGGCCACCGACGGCGGAAGUCCUCCGCUGAGCGGCAACGUGACGGUCAAGGUGUUCAUUCUGGAUCGGAACGACAACGCUCCGGUCAUCCUGUAUCCGCUCAGCUCCAACGGUUCCGCCCGAGGCGCCGAGGAGAUUCCCCGCAAUGCCAAAGCGGGAGACUCGGUGACUAAAGUCCGAGCCUACGACGCCGAUACGGGAUAUAACGGCUGGUUGCUGUUUUCGCUGCGGCCGCUCGGCGAGCGCGCUCUCUUUUCUUUGGACCGCUAUACGGGCCAGAUCAGAACUCUUCGCCCGUUCACCGAGACGGACGAGGCCGAGCAUCGACUGCUCGUACUGGUCAAAGACAACGGCGACGUUUCGCUCUCGGCGACGGCUACCGUGACCGUCAAACUGGCCGAGCCCAAAGAGGCUUUGGCGGCUUCCGACCACGCGGGAAGCGCGGCCGAAGCGGACCGGCGCGAGGACCGGGUGACUUUUUAUCUGGCGCUGACUUUGGGCUCGGUCUCGCUGCUUUUGGUCAUCGCCGUGGUGGUGCUGAUCGCCAUGCGCUGCUCCAAAUCCGCAGAGUACACGUCCAAAUAUCUCCAAGACGCUCAUUACGACGGCACGCUGUGUCACAGCAUCCAGUACAGAUCGGGAGACAAACGCUACAUGUUAGUCGGACCCAGGAUGAGUGUUGCUUCCGCCGGCGCCCCGGGCAGCCACGCCGGCACGCUGGUGCUGCCCGACGCCAGACGUGCGGCCGCAGGGGAGGUAAGAAUCAUUAAUCUACUAUGUCUUUUUUUUUUUUAA